GUCCUGCCUUGGGCACACGUGUUACCCCUUUGGGAUUUUUGGAUUACCUUUAUUCCUAGUGAAACUGUAGAGCCCGGACUCCCUUAAUAUUUAAGGAUGAAGGCGAGAAGAAAUAAAAAACAGAUCCCAAGCUUUCGGAAGUUGCUAAAAACUAGUAAAGUGAAACUUGAAAACAAGCUAAAAAAUAAGCAAUUUAAACAACAAAGCACUCUCAAGAAGUACCGAAAGGAACAGAGGAAACUAAGGCAAGCUGUAAAAGAUGCUGUGUCUAAGAAACCAAUUCCACUGGAAGACCCAAGGGAAAAACGACCAGGUAAAAGGAUUGAGAGGGAAGAGGAGGAAGAAGAGGAAGCCCUUCCUUUAGAUAUGAUGGAUGAAGAUGACUUACAGUUAAUGAGAGACUUAGGGCAAAGAGCAUCUUUUCUAACAAGAGAUCUUUCUUCUAGUGAACCUGUUCAUGCCAAGAAACGAAAGCAUGAGCGUGUUAUAGAAAAAUAUGAAAAAAUACCAAGAACUCUGCAAACUGCACCAGAGAAGGAACUGAUUCAUUUGCUUCCUAUCAAGGAUAAAAGUGGUAUAAUCCCACAGACCAGAGAGAAGCCAGUUACUGACAGUAACCAAGAUGAAGAGGAUGAAGAAGAGAUGGAACUUGAGGAAGAGAUCAUCGAAGAUCCCAUUCGAGAACUGACAUUAGAAGAACAUUUAAUUGAGAGAAGGAAGAAACUACAGGAGAAGAAAAUGCAUAUUGCAGCCUUGGCGUCUGCCAUAUUAUCAGACCCAGAAAGUAAUAUUAAAAAAUUAAAAGAGUUACGUUCCAUGCUGAUGGAGCAGGAUCCUGAUGUGGCUGUUACUAUUCGAAAAUUGGUGAUCGUUUCCCUGAUGGAGUUAUUUAAAGAUAUUACUCCUUCGUAUAAAAUCCGGCCCCUCACAGAGGCAGAAAAAUCUACAAAGAUUCGCAAAGAAACCCAAAAGUUAAGAGAAUUUGAAGAAGGCCUGGUUAGCCAAUACAAAUUUUAUUUGGAAGAUCUGGAGCAAAUGAUUAAAGAUUGGAAGCAAAGGAAACUGAAGAAAAGUAAUGUAGUUUCCUUAAAGGCAUACAAAGGACUGGCAGAAGUGGCUGUGAAGAGCCUGUGUGAGCUGUUGGUGGCGCUGCCUCAUUUCAACUUUCACAACAACAUCAUUGUACUGAUCGUUCCUCUCAUGAAUGACGUGUCAAAGUCGAUAUCUGAAUUGUGCUGUGAGGCAGUAAAGAAACUGUUUAAACAAGAUAAAUUAGGCCAAGCUUCCCUGGGUGUAAUUAAAGUGAUUUCUGGUUUUGUGAAGGGCAGAAAUUAUGAAGUUAGACCAGAGAUGUUAAAAACAUUCUUGUGCUUAAGAAUCAAGGAAGUAGAAGUGAAAAAAGAUACAGAGGACAUUAAUAAACCGAAAAAGUUCAUGACUUUCAAGGAAAAGAGAAUAACUCUUUCAAGAAUGCAGAGAAAGUGGAAGAAGGCAGAAGAGAAAUUAGAGAGAGAACUUCUAGAGGCAGAAGCUUCAGAGAGCACUGAGAAAAAACUUAAACUGCACACGGAGACUUUGAAUAUUGUGUUUGUAACCUACUUCAGAAUAUUGAAGAAGGCCCAGAGGUCACCUCUCCUGCCAACAGUUCUAGAAGGUCUUGCCAAGUUUGCUCACCUUAUAAAUGUCGAGUUUUUUGAUGAUUUAUUAGUAGUACUGCAUACUCUCAUUGAGUCUGGUGAUCUGAGCUAUCAAGAAAGUCUUCACUGUGUGCAGACUGCUUUUCAUAUUCUUUCUGGCCAAGGUGAUGUUCUGAAUAUUGAUCCAAUGAAAUUCUAUACACAUCUAUAUAAAACACUAUUCAAGUUACAUGCAGGUGCUACCAACGAAGGUGUCGAGAUUGUACUCCAGUGCCUUGAUGUCAUGCUAACUAAGCGCAGAAAGCAGGUUUCUCAGCAGAGAGCCCUUGCCUUCAUCAAGCGUCUUUGUACCCUUGCUCUUCAUGUUCUUCCAAAUUCAAGCAUUGGCAUUUUAGCAACUAACAGAAUAUUAAUGCACACUUUCCCAAAAACAGAUCUGUUGCUUGACAAUGAAUCUCAGGGAAGUGGGGUUUUCCUUCCUGAGCUGGACGAACCUGAGUACUGUAAUGCCCAGAACACUGCUCUUUGGGAAUUGCAUGCGCUGCGGAGACAUUACCAUCCCGUCGUGCAGAGGUUUGCAGCUCACCUGAUUGCCGGAGCACCUUCUGAAGGCUCGGAAGCGCUCAAACCAGAGUUGAGCCGGAGAUCUGCUACAGAACUUUUUGAGACUUACAGCAUGGCUACAAUGACAUUCAAUCCUCCUGUUCAAGCUUCAAGUUCCAAAAGGAAGGAUGAAGUUUUACAAGGGGAUACAUUUUUGAAUGAAGAUUUAAAUCAAUUAAUCAAAAGACAUUGCAGUGAAGUCUCUACUCACAUGCCUCUGGAUUUCAGCAGAUACUUGACAACAUCACUACAGAGAUAGAAGAGUGAAAGGCCCAUGGGCUUUCUUGUAUAUUUGUAUUUGUUUAGAUGCACAUAGAGACAUAUUUUUAAUUUAGGACAUUCUCUUUUUACAUAAAGAAAGCUUCCUAAGAAACUUAACAGCGUUGGCAUAGUUACCCUUUGCAUGGCAACAGGGUUCUGCCCCAAUUCUGAAAAUGUCAUUAAGGAGAAUUGAGAGCCCCCUACCCCCCGUAUUUGGAAGUUUCUUAAUUAUGGUGCCUUUUUAAGACUUAAUAUACAUCUUAAGCUAUACUUAAAAAAAAAAAAAAAAUCUUUAGAGUGAAUUUAAUUGAAUUUGUUGCUAGAUUAAAACGAGGGCAUAGAGCACAGAAAAAUCAAGACCAUGAGAUUGCCUUUUACCAUUCAGCUACUCUUAAUGACCAAAACUUUUUUUCCCCUUUUUUUUUUUUAAAUUAAUGUUGUGGUUUUUUUUUUUUAAUGUUUUAUU